AUGGCUUCUUACAGUCGCUUCAAGCUCGCGCCAAGCCGCAACUUGCAUACAUCGCAGAUCAGACCAGCAGUCAAGCGUCUCGGAAGUGCCGUUACACAUCCCAAGCAGAGUUCUCAGCCUUUAUCAGGCCCCAAAUUCGUCACCGCUAUACAUGGCCAAUCGCUCCGGUAUCAGCAGCUUCACACCGACCAUGCGCCGCAGCCUGUGCGACGGCAGAAUGUUGCGUUAGUGCGGAAUCUGUUCAAUGGAGAGGGAAAGAAGGUGACGUUGUCGAGUACUGCAGCCAGCUGUGCCUUCAAGAUUGGUAAGGAGGUCGACGCUCACCGGAUUGAAAGCUUGAACGGGAUUUGUCUGCGCAAUCAGGCGCUCGUUGACUUCAAGGUCCCGAGAUUGAACGAGCACCUCCUUACAAUGCGACAAUAUCGCGGCGACAACGAGCUCGUCUUGCUGCAUCUGAAGAGGUUUCUGGUUCUCGCAGAGAGUCUGUCCGCCAACAGGUCUUGGAAGGAUCUGAAUCAUUCCGUCUAUCGUGCGGUCCACAGUGACUUGUAUCGGUCCAUGAUUGCAGGAGACCUUGAGUACCAUUACAAGGGCCUUAUCGUCAAAAUGGAGAAGCUUGCCGCAAGUACUUCGAUCGAGCUCGGCGACACGAUCGAUGACUACUACUCGGGCAUCCCCAUUGAUCUUUCUUCCAAGUUCUGGCAGGUCAUUAUCGACAAUGCCAACGCAGCUGCUCUACGCGCUAAGUCUGCCGAAGAAGAUAUCAUGGAUGAUUCGGAGGACUUUGCGCAAAAGCCCAUUGUUCUCAACAAGUGGGAUUCAGCUUACCAGGCCCUCCACGGGAGCCCACAAGGCUAUCUCUUUGGUUCUUCUACGGCCAGUCUCGCUUCCUUCCGCGACUCCCUAUCUAGCGCGCCAACAAUCGGCACUUAUCAAGGUGCUGGUACUCCUGCUGGCACUCCUGCUGGCACGACCUCCGACGAAACCGCGCCAAUCACUUUCGAAACUGUCGAAGAACUUGCCACACAAUUGGUGUGUGAUGAGUAUCUUCAGGUCUGCAAGGAGGAGAUGAGCUACUUGGAACAAUGCAUCCGAGGAGAGCAUUCAGCGAUCAAGACCGACAUGCUGAAAGAGAUGGCUCUCGGAGUGUCGGCUGUCAUACGCACCUCCAAGCAAGAGAACUUCGACAUCACCAAGUUCAUCGAGCUCGCGAAGCCGUGGCUCAUCGCUGUUGAGACCCUCCACAGUAACCUCUCGGCUUGGGACAGCGCCGCAGUACCCGACAGCGUCACAGCCCUCCGCGCCGACGUAACGUUCAUCAUGGAUGGUUGUUCAGCAGCAUUGAAGGCCAGCAUGCCGUCAAAUGUGGACAGUCUUGAGGCUUCUCCUGCGACUGCCACGCAGACUUCAGCUGUAACCGUGCAAGAUGUUGGCGACUCAUCUGCAGGCCUGGAUGCCUCCAGCGGCUCAACUGGAACCACGUCGACAAAAAACGCGCAGAUGUCUUCUUCUAGCGUCACCAACGACGCACCGAUCACUGGCCAGGCCAGCAACGUCUUUGCCCAGCCGACUGCAGUUUUGGAACCGGUCGCCACCCUCCCCAGUGCGAACGAGCCCUUCGGUGCCGGCAGCGCGCCUACCGUCUACAGUGACGCCGCCAUCCUCGCGACCUCCGACGACGACAUCCUCAACAGUAAGGGCGCCUACCAACUGUCCUCCAUCACCGGCCUAUUUCACAUCAAGAGCCUCUUCUCCCACAACAACUUCUCCCGGAUCGUCGCGGCCCAGCGGGCGCACUUGGUCAACCUGUUGAACAACAAAUGCCAUAUCGAGUUCGCAGACGUUCGCUUCCUGCGCACCGCUUGCGCCUACAUCACCGAAUCGGCAAAUAAGCCUUGGUGGAGCUGGAAGCACGUGGCAGACUGCGCCGGCCUCGGGCAGUUUCGGAACGACAUGUUCUUUUGGGCGGAGGACCACUUGACCAAGCUGGCGGAUGUUGAGCAGUAUCACGAGGCGCGGUGCUUGGCCGACGAGAUUGAGAAGAUGAGCAAGAGGCUGGAUGGAGAGCAGGAGGCGACGGGAGCGCCGAGGGUCGUGAAGCAGCUCAAGAAGCGUGUUCCGAAGGCCUGA